UUUGCCAAUACCAUGGUUGAGCCGGCGCGCAAGAUUAAGUGGAUUGAUGACCUCUACAAGCAGACGGUUGCGCUGAAGAGCAUCGGCGCCCAGGCAAAGGAAUAUCCUCGCUGAGCCUGCCUUUGGAUCCAACUUCCACAAGAUCUACGACGAGCUGGUCGCAAUGAAGGGCCACGGAAUGGCUAUUCCCGACGACAUAUCUCAGGACUAUCUCAAUCGCCUCGGCGAAGCCUCGCACCACCAGUGGUCCCACGUCGUGGUAUACACCAAGGACCAGCGUUUGGGCUUUGGCCGUCUCGUCAAUGACCUGGUGAGCACGAUGACCCAGGCUGUCCAUGGCAGGUAUCAGCCGUGGUACAAGGGAUGGGGUGCCGUCCCGAUCGGACCCCAGCGCACAGGCGACUUGCUGAUUGGUCCUGGUGGUCUCAGCGAGGUAUCCGGGUCCGAUAUUCCGCGUGUUCCCAAGCUCGCUCUCUACGGCGGUCACGAUGUCACUGUCGGCCCAUUGUCUACCAUCAUGGGCAACCAGAGCGAGGAGUGGGUGCCAUUCGCAUCAAUGCUGACCUUUGAGCUGUUCAAGGACCGCGAGGAAGGCGGAAAGUACGUGCGCGUCAAGCUCAAUGACCGCGUGCUAGCAGGUGCCGACAUGUGAGAUCCCUGGCAAGCACCAUGCCAAGAUGGGCAGCACCAUGUGCACCUUUGAUGCGUUCAUGGAGCAUGUACAGCCUCUGCUUGCUUCUGAGGACGACUACAAGAACGAAUGUGGCGAGUUCCCCAAGAACAGCAAAUAGCUAGACCUGUAGAGGGAUUAGGUGCCUU